UGUAUACAUAGUACUGUGUAGCAAUUUGCACAUACAAUGCAAGUAGAUUAGUGUAAAAAAAAUUCUACUGCUUAUGCUUUUCUAACGUUGUGACUUAAUAAUUGUACAUCUAUGCUUUAAUUUCAUUAUUAAAUAUGGUGUUUUCACGAUCGUCUGUACUACUACGCUUGGCACGCUGCAAAACCGACAAAGCUACAAAUCUUAUUUCUUCAAAUGUUUCAAAAAAUUUCAGACUAUUUGCACAUUCUACAGAAGAUACACUAAAAAAUGAAAUACAAAAGUAUACUGUUGAAGACUGUCAUUUAACAAAGAACGCUACACCUAAUAAUACCAGGCACAUUGAGAGGUUAACAAAAGAUAACGCAAACACUGAGAGUGAUAAUAAUAAUACAAACAUGCAUAAUGAACUGCAAAUGUCACAUAAUGUUGAAUUAUUAGAAAGAAAUAACUAUAUGUUUAGUGAUGCUUUAGAAGAUAUAGAUAUAAAAUUACCAGGACCAUUAGAUCGAUGUACCGAAGACCUUUCUCAUAUUGUACCUGAGUUAGGACCAACUUAUAAUUUUGCAAAAUAUGCAGAUCGUUCAAAUACCAUCCAACAAUUAGUCAAACUAGGAGUUGAGCUAUACAAAUUAGAACGCGACAGAGAUGUGAUAGAAAUGAUUCUGAGUCUUGAUUUUGACAAACACAUGAAACCAUACAUACAAUUUUUACAUGAUUGUGGUGUAAGCUCUGAAAAUCUUGGAAACUUUAUCACUAAAAAUCCGUACAUAUUCAAGGAGGACAUGGAUGACCUUUAUACAAGAAUAAGAUAUUUAAAAGCUCAUAAUUAUACUUCAGAAAUGAUACAAGUGAUAUUGACUAGACAUCCUCCUUGGUUAUCUUUCAAUACAAGAGAAAUAGAUACGAGAUUGGGUCAUUUUCAAGUUACUUUUGAGUUAAGUGGUCAUGACGUAAGGUGUUUAACUGUGCACAGUCCGAAACUUAUAACAUAUGACAUGGAACGUAUAAAAUACAGUACCUUUGCUGUAAAAGAAGAAAUGUGUUUUAAUACACGUGAAAUGAGACUAAUUUUGCUGAAUGCACCUCAUGUAUGGAUCCGUGCCAGAAGUAAAGUGGUGGAAACUUUUGAUUACCUCCAUAAUCAUAUGGAACUACCACAUAAACUUAUAAGUCAGCAACCAAAGGUCUUACUUUGUAAAAGACCUAGACUUGAGAAAAGAGAUCAGUUUUUAGCGUACUUAAAAAGAAACCAGUAUGAUCCUAAAAAACCCUUAUAUGUGUCCCCAUUAGCUUUAGUUGAAGGUAGUGAUACGGAUUUUUGUAUAAAUGUUGCAAAAGCUUCUGUUUCUACUUACAAUGAAUUUUUAAAGUCCUUUUAAUGUAUAAAGCAACAACAUUUAAUAUAAAUAGAAUUGUAUCAUGAUAAAUGUUUACAUUUUCAGCCUUCCUCUUUGUAGCAGCGUAAUCUUUAUUUUACUUAAAUAUUAGAUAUCCUUACAUAUUUCUAUAGAUUUUUAUGUACAGCUUUGUAUAUCUUACACAAAAAUGUUUAAUCUUUUAUGCCAAUACCAUCUGAGAUGAUACAAAAAAACCAACAGAGCUUGUAUUAUUA